AUGGCGACGUGGAGGAGUUAUAGCAUGGUUAAACCGCCUGUUGAUGUCGAAAUCUCGUCAGUAAGUUGAAAUUUUGAAUUUCUGGCUAAUACAUUAUGUGUAUUUUGUAACUAUGUACCAACCAACAUGACUACGUUGUCUACACGUGAUGUAAAAUCAAAUCAAUAACUUGUUCACAUUGUCAGCAUAGAAAUAGAAGCAGAUAGAUCGACGUAUUUAUAUAGAUUAUAAUUCGAAGUAGAAAUUUAUAAUCAUUGAGUAUUUUUAUUCAGUAUUUAUAUUUAGAAAAAAGCCCAGUAUUAUCGUAUGUCUGCAAUGUACUACAAAGGAUAGAUCUCGUAAAAUUCUUAGUGAAAUUAUUUUUCGUCUACAGUAAUUAUCCACAGGAAGAUUAUAUUAUAAUAAAUUAUAUAGAUUCAAAGUGAAAAUUCAUUCUUGAUAAAGACAUGAACAAAGUUUAAUUAUUUACAGUAUUGUAUUAUUUUCUAUUUCACAACACAUAUUAUGGCAUUAGGCAGAGUAAAACCAGUGUGGAAAGUUUGUAUAGCUCGGCAGAUAUCUCGGCUGCGCAAUUUUGAUGCUUUCUAUAUAUUUACUAUUAAAUUUUCUAAAUCUCUGGCGCGCGCAAUUUCCAAACUUUCCAGUCAGGGAGUAAAAUAAUAAAGUAGGGGCGCAUUAGGGCGCAAUGCAACUUCAUGGGUUAACCAGUAUAAACUCUGUGUUUCACCAUUUUUGAUUAGAAUAGAUAAUCUUUAUGUGUUUAAUACAUGUAAUCCAAAGAUGCAAAUGAUGACAUUGAAUAUUUACUUGAAACUUUCAUUUGCAGUCGUCGAGUGAAGGUGGAAGCUCUGCUCCCAGCAGUCCAGUGUCAGAUGCAGGCUCGUUUAUUAUCCAGCCAAAAGAUGACCUUGUCAAGAAAGAGCUUAGAGAUGCAAUUAGACACAAACGAUUAGCUAAAGGUCUUGAUGAACUUCCUGAACUUGAUGCAAAGAGACCAAAGACUGACGAGGUAUUACAUUUGUCUAGCAAAUACUCUUUAUACACAGUAGUGUACUAGCUGUAACUUGUACUUUGGUAACUUGGUCAGUUCAUUGACUAUCUGGCAAAAAAUUGAGAUUUGUUCCUAUAUUUGGACAAAAGGUCCUUUAAAGUGAGUCCUUAGUCUUUCAAAGUUAUCUCUUUAAGUAUCCACUUCCUGGCACCAUUCUAUGAACCAUCCUGCCACUCCCGCCAAAAAGUAUUAAAUUUUAUAACAGUAAUAUAUUGUAAUGAAGAAGUUGAUUUAAAUGACGCUCAUAUUAAACAUUUGUUGUCAGCUGACACCAGAAGAAGAGGAGAAAAGAAGACUAAGAAGAGAAAGAAAUAAAAUGGCUGCCUUUCGUUGCAGACAGAGACGAAAACAACACAUUGUUGAGUUGGAACAGGUAAAUUAGAGUGUUGUAUCAAAGUUUAGUCUCUGUUAGACAUCUUUUGAGACAGUAUAUAUUGUUUAGAUGAUGUGUAUUAACCCAUUAGUUGCAUUCACUCUCCCAAUGUACCACACUUUAUUAUUUUACUGUAUUCCAUUUUAAUCUGUGUAAUGCAGACAAUAUUAUUUGUCAAUACCAAGUUAUUUUAAUCUGUGUAAUGCAGACAAUAUUAUUUGUCAAUACCAAGUUAUUUUAAUCUGUGUAAUGCAGACAAUAUUAUUUGUCAAUACCAAGUUAUUUUAUUCUGUGUAAUGCAGACAAUAUUAUUUGUCAAGGGGAGGCGCUCAAUCCAUUCAUUACUACAAUGACAGUGACACCCAAAUUUCAUUUCAUUUCCUUUAGAAUUAAGGUUCCUUAGCAACCCUCGCCAUGCCAAAAGAACGCCCACUUAAUUACAAAUUAUUUCAAGUGUUUUAUUGAAUGAUUGUAAUAUUGUAGAAUUAUUUACAAUAUGUUCUAGAAAAAUCUCUAUCUAUUGUUGUGCGUGCUACCCACCAACACCAUCUAUGUGGGCAGUGGGCUGUUUAUAGUUACAAUCAGUUUAUUUCACUGACUGGUAAACCAUUCAAGUCUACAAUUACUAAAAAUGGUUAUCAGGAAGACUUAAUGUUAGAUCUAUUAAUUUAAUACAUAUGAUUGGAUCACAAAUCCAAUUUUGUUGUUAUAUCUGUCACACUAAUAUAUCAGCAUUACUUAUUAAUAACAUUGUCAUUGAUACACAUAACUUUAUGUACAGUAUAUAUAAUAUGCUUAUUUAUUAUCUAAAUGCUCUUACAACUUUAAGAAAGUUUUGGAUAGAUAGGGAUACAACUACCUGAAAAAUACAAGGAGAACUUCAACAUUUCAAGUGAAGGCCUUUCAACAGGAAGUUACAUGCCGGAUUUUACUUAUCUAAAUCACAAAGGAGACAAAAAAUAACCGAUAGUUUUGUUUCAGAUCACAGAACAGAUUUCCAACAGCAAUGAUGAUCUUGAGAGAGAAAUUGAAGACUUGAAACAACAAAAACAACAACUUGAGGACAUGUUGGAGAUACAUUCUUGCAAAAAACAACGAAACUCUGAUGAACCUUGUGAAGAAAAUAAAGAAAAUAACGGAGAUGAUUAA